AUGGGACUUGGUCAAAUGUUUAUGGCUCUGCAAGACAAUGUGACGUCUUUGCAAAAUUACGUACGGGCUUCAGAAAUAGCGCGUCAGUUUACGAAAGAUCAUCCCUGCGCUAAAUAUCAACGUCGUGUAUCGGUGGAGAUUGCGGUUAUAUGCAGCCGGCUAGGAAGACUGGGAGAGGCGUUAGAAAUGUGUGAGGAGGCUAUGAAGCAAGCCAUUGCUCACGGGGACAGGUUGGUCCAAGCCAGAUGUCUGCUGAACUUUGCUGAUAUUCAUAGAGAUCGACACAACUACCAGCGUGCCUAUCCUCGCUACCAAUCUGCAUAUGCUAUUGCCGUGGAAACCGGUGACCGGAAAUGCCAGCUGGACGUUCUUUCCGGUAUGGCGCUUUGUGCGUUUGGUGCUCAGGAUCUGGAACAGGCCGUUGAAAUCAACGAAAAGGUGCUGACAUUAUCCAAAGAACUAGAAUCAAAGGUACAGGUCUAUUGA